UAAUUAGCGCUCCUUCGGCAGACGCCGGUAUUGGGAAGAAGCGAGCUCCUUCACGUUCGCAGCGCCCAAUCAGCGCUGUCAAAGCGACUGGUUGACGGUGGAGAUGUAUGUGUUGUGUGGUAGCUGCUGCUGCUACGCGCAAGCCUAGACAGGCAGUAUGGCGGAGGAGGGCAGUGAGUUCGAGAUAGAGGGUCUAGAAACACAGUUACAGAGUUUAUUAAGCCGAUAUUCAAGUGAUGACCUGCGAGACGAGAGUAAACCAUUCUGCGCCGACUUUAGCAAGCUGGUGGAGGAGUUCACCUCUCGCUGGCAGGUGCCACUGCCUCAGCUCAGGAUCCUUGAGACAUCUCUCUGCUACUUUGCUCGAGCUUCCACCUUCUUCACAUUAAACUGUGAUCAUGUGCUCCACACACUCAGUAGUCUGGCCUUGAGUGUUUUUGAGUUGCUGCUGUUCUUUGACCAGAAGGACUUCUACCAGGAGCCACUGCAAAGCUUCACUGUUACAUUCCAGGAAUGUUGUGUGGUCCUUGCGAGGCAUCAGAAUGUUCACUUGCUUCAGGUGGCGCGUAUGGUCCAGGACAAUGGGCCGUGGGCCAGUCAGGUCUUGCUGGCAAUCCUCAGUGAGUCCAGUUUACCUCAGAAUGAAGUGGAUGAGUGCAUCAGCUCGGAGCUGCCAGUGUUCUUCGAGCUCCGUGUGCGCUACCUUUUGUCCUGUGAACGCGUCAGUGGAGCCAUGGCCCUGGCUCAGUGUUGUGCCCGUCAUCCCACAGCAGGACAACACUCGUUCUUCCUCCAAAUCUACCUCACGUGGCUUUACAAAACUUCACAGCAUGACCGCCUACGAAAUGAGGUGGAUGAUAUAAAUGGUAAAGAUGCAGUUCACAUCAUCUGUAAUUUGGAGUGCGAAGAAAAGGACAACCUGCUUCUCGCCCUCAGCAGAGCCUUUCUCUCCCAGCAGCUCAGCAGAGGAGACAUGUACUACUUGUGUGAUCUUGUCUUCAUAUGGAGCAAACUUCAUUGUCGGUUGAAUACAUCCAAGCAAGCUCUACUUGAGGAGAUUGGUCAGGUCAUGCUGUCCGCCACCAAUGUUAACUCAAUCUUUCCAUUCAUCAGGGCCGUACUGCAAGAGCUGGGUGAAGAUGGUAAGCAGUUCUGUGUGGAGCUUUGUGCUAAUGCCCUGGAGUCAUGCCUUCCCUGUGAUGUCAUCACCAAGUCCCUCAUCUACAAAACCAUUGCUGGCCUGCUUCCCAACGACCUGGAGGUUUGCAGAUUAUGUGCCCUUCUCGUCUUCUUCCUGGAACGCACAGUUGAAGCCUACAAGAGGGUCUAUCUUCUCUACAUGCAUCCUGAUCAGGAAUACCACGUGGAAUACAGCCUCAUUGGAAACAAUGUUCGCUUUGAAUUGCUGCGGAUCUUGAAGAAAGACCUCCACUUUGACCCAGAGUUUUGGAACCUCAUUGCUUUGCGGACCAAUUGUUUGAAGUUAAUGAGUGAGAGGGUGGUUGGUGCUGCCCUUGAAGAGAUCAUGGAGGACAAAUGGAUCCCAAGCUAUUGCACCAAAGAGUCUACUUUUCAGUCAAGCAGAUCAUUAUGUCAGAAAGGAAGUCAAGAGGAAAUUCAGGCAGCUGAGAAAAACCGACACCAUAAAGACGGCAAUACUGAUCAUACUGCAAAGAAGAAAGGCACCCAUGGGUCACGACUUCGGAGGGAAUCAUUAUCUCAACCUUUGAGGCGUUCAUUUUGGAAGCUGGACAGGAUACAAGAUGGUGUCACUGUUAGGUAUGGAGAACAUAGACGCACAACAAGACUCUCUGAGAAGAACCCACCAAAACGAAGGAUUAGAACGCCCAAGUGGCUUCUGGAAGACUCAGGAACUGUUGAAAAGAACAGGGCUCCUCAGAGGAUCAAAAAGCAAUGGUUGAAGCACCAGAAACAUCAUCAAUCCGCUGUUGUAAAGAGGUCAGAAAUUGACCUGGAGAAGAACACUGCAAAACACAAACCAUCAAUAAACUCUCAUUUAAAGGCAAUGGAAAUGAACAAGCACCAGAGAGGAUUUUCUGUUUGUCCUAAACCAGAUCCUCCCCCUCAAGUCAUUCUUGAGCUGUCCUUACCAGACAAUGAACUGAUGGGCACAUUUAAUGAAGAUUCUUGUAACAGACUGAGAGGAUUGCCUCAAGUGCUUCUUUACAAACCCACAGUGAAGCUUUCCACCACAUCGCAACCUGUGAAGGCUGUACAUCGCAAAGAGGUUAUCCUUAGAGCACGGGAUGUACCAAUGUUUGUACAACAGUUGCACUGUUAUGCUCGGCGGCAGAAAGGAAAAGGGAACGGAUUAAAUGUCCAUGGCUCGGUAUCAACUAUCACACGCUCCUCUGUACAGGGAUGUCCUCCUAAAGAUCCACCAAAACACCGCUAUAAAAAACACGAGUUAAAAAGUAGAACUGCCUCCCGUAAAAUAACAGGAGCUGGUGGUGCAGCACUGUCACUUUUAGAAAAAGUCCCUCCAGAUCAGGCUCCGCUGCUCCAAGUGACAAACUCUUCAGUGUUGGGUGAGGUCCCUCAACCUAGCAAAGAAAAAGACUUGCAAGCCAUAACUUCAGCAAGAGGGCUCCAUGAACAGUCUCCUGCAGAAGUUAAUGCAUCACAAACAUCAGCAAAAGCUGAAGUAAUAGAAGCCCCGGUGUUAGAUACAGUCCGCCACGCUCAAACCAUAGUGCCAGCAAGAAAGCUCUGUGAUGAACCGGCUGUUGAGAUGAAAGUUACCAUUGCCUCACAAACGUCUGCAGCUAAAGUGUCACAUUCACCAGCUUUAGAGAAGGUCUGUAAAGCUCAAAGUGAACAAGGUCUUUCAGUAAUCACCACGUCAGCUGAGAUUUCACAAACCACAGCUGCAAACAGCAAUCAAAAGAUGAACACUGAUGAAAUUCCUUCAGUCUGUAAGGCAGCCAACAAUUCAGACACUGGCGUUGCAGAUUUCGUGACCUCCCAGUCCCAGGAUGUUCUUGGAGAUGGAGAAAAAGAGAAAUCGGAUUCCUCACAGGCUGAAACUGACAAAAUCUUCCCCACAGACUCAGGACAUGGACCUUGUGAGGACACAAGCAUCCGGGGAGAUGUGGUUACUCUCAAUAAGGUAUCAGAGGCUGGUGCGCUUUAUUUGUCUUCAAACCAGGACAGUAUGAAUGGCAUAUCCUCUCUGACGUUAGUAACAGAGAUGGUUACUGAACUUGAACCUGAGGUGCUUGCUCGAGAUUUGGAGAAUGGCAAACGGCCUGCUCAGGAAAAUAGUGCUUCCAAGAAGUCUAUGGCUAGAAGUAAAGCUAAAGUACUUGACAAAACCUGGACUACGUCUAGCUGCCUUGUACCAACACAGGAGCGUUCUGCAGUUGCUGAUGUGCAGCUCAAGGAAAGGAUGGAGGAAACGGAAGAUGAUGCUCCAGAAAUACCCGAAAACAGUGAGGCAAUGGAAACACUACCAGAAUCGGAGGAAUCCAAGUUGGACUUCUGCUGCACCUUCUGUAACAAGGACUUUAAGGGCUGUCGUGUUGUUGCACAUGCCAUGUUCCAUUAUCGCAAAGAUGAGUGCAUGUUCUGUGGGACAAUGUUCAAAGAUGACCUGUUAGCCAUGAUGCACCUGUCUGAUCAUAUAGAGAAACUAAAGAGGACCAUAGCAGCUGCUAACAAAAACCAGGAAAACGGUGUCUCCGAGACCAAAGGCAUCUCCACGCCCCAAACCUCUGCCAAACACAAGACGCCAAAUAUGUCCCCUGAUUGUCGAAGUCGUGGGAGGCCGAGAAAAUCUGCUGUCUUUCCUAAAUUGGCAAGUCCUAAUGAUUCAAGCCCAACUAGAUUCAGAAAGUUGAGAUCGAAUGACAAGCCAGUGCACGGUCAAUCAUCGCAAGAAAAGAAACAAACCACACCAUCGCAAGAAAAGAGAGAAAACACAUCAUCGCAGAAAAGGCAACGGAGCACAUCAUCACAAGAAAAGCAACAAAAAGCAUCAUCAUCAUUGCAAGAACACAAACAAAACACAUCAAAUUAUAGUGAACUUCCUGUUCAUAAAGUUAAUGGACAUGUUGGCAAAAAGAAAAAACUUCAGGAUGUAAGACCAAAACCCAAGCAGCCACUUAUACAGCAGGAGAUGACUCAAGAAACAACAAGAGCUGCAUCAGAGUUUCCCAAGUUGUCAGAAAACCAGGUUAGAGGGAUGAAUUCCUCUGGAUCUGCAGUUCAGGUAGAUUGUUCCACUGAAAGCGGGGAAGAGGCAGAAUCUCUGCAGUUUCUGAAGGAAGCUACAAAACAAAAUGGAAAGGCUGUCAAAAAUGUGGAGCCUCAAGAGAAAGUUAGCUGUCCUGUGGAUGAAUGUGCUUGGUCCACAGACUUGGCGAAAAAUCGUGUUGCACUCCUGUACCAUGCCCUGGAGAAUCACCAUGAUGAGGUCAAACCAUUAGAACUGGCGUUUCGUGUCAGUAACAGCAAAUGUGCGAUAUGCAUGAGGGUUUUGUGGAGUUUUGAACACUUUCUGCACCACGUUGAGAGACACAAGAUGGUUCCUCGGCAUCCGUGCCUUCAUCAAGGCUGCACAGCCAGAUUCAAAACUGGGAUGGAGAUGAGACGUCACACCAGGAAACACAGUCCACUGCAGGCAGUGUGCUGUCUUCCUGGUUGUUCUCAACUAUUUAUAUGUCUCUGGGCACUCAACCUACAUGAAAGAGAGCACUACGCCUCCAAACCCACUAAACCAAACAAGAUCACAAGUGAGCAAAAAGGGGACAAACAAAAUAAUGUGGGAUUGGGGAAGAAACAGGAUAAUGAGUCAAAAGAUGGUGCUCUGAACACUGCUGUAAAUAAGACUUUGAGUUUAAAGGUUGCUCGUAAAUUAAGGAGACACACAAAGCGUAACCUGUCAAGGAAACACGUUAAGGCUCUGCCCAGAAUUCGAGGAUCUGUGUUGAGACGAGAGCUGAAAGGAAGAAAUGAAAGCAACGAUUCAAAUGUCCUACAAAAUCUUUCCAACAAAGAUUCAGAAGAGCCUUCUUUUCCUAAUCUGAGAUUGAGGCAAUCAUUAAGAAAAGUGACAAAUUCAACAACAGCAGCUCCCAAAACCCACACAGUCAUCUCAUCAUCAUUAAGACGCAACAGCAAAUUAAAGCACAGGUUAAAGAAAAAACAAGCGAAUGUGAACUCAGAAUGUCCGAAGAGAAGAGGCCGUCCUCCGAAAUCAAGGAACUCGGUGCCUGAUGAAAACACUUCAACCAGUCAAAAUAAUGAAACUAACAAAGAAAAAUCUCUUUUGCAAAAGGAUCCUCAGAGUUCAUGCCCAUCCAUAACAGAAACAACCUCAAAUGUGAACGAUGGACAGCAAGAGAUCGUCAAAGCUACAGAAAAAUCUGGAGAUAAAUCAAAGAGCAACAAAUCAGUCCUCAAUCAACUAAGGAAACUUGUUAAACAAAAAAUGGGUUCACGUAAUAAAUCCACAACUGUUGAGCCAUCUGCCUCAGUAAGCAAAACCCAGACAUUAACCACUGAGAAAGGGCACAAGACGAAAAAGUCCUCCACUCAAGAAAAUGGAUUUCAAGUCAAGGCUUUAAAGAAAGAAAAGCUUUCAAAGAGCAAAGUGAGCACAAAGGCGGGGAAGAAAAAAUGUCCCCUGAAGGAACUAGAGUCUGCAUCAGAAAAGCCAGCAGAGGCAUUAUCUGUGGCAUCGCAGGUCAAUGCUAAAGCUGUUGCGUUAGAAAGCUCUGAUGAGAAUGGAAACACAAAGGUGAAAAACACAGAGUCGGCACAAAAUGACAUGAGUGACCCUGGUUUAAAUGAGGCAAGUGCGCCGGAAGUGGAAAUACAGAAGGAACCCAAGCAGGACAAAUUAAAGAAAUCACUCACUGUUAAAAAGGACAGGAAGAAGAAAACCGAUUCUUCAGAAUUGGGUAAAGGAAAAAAGAAGCAGAAAGAUGCAAGUAAUAAAACGACAGUCAAGAAGCCUGCCGUAAAAAAGAUGAAGAAGCCAAAAUGUGAAGAACAACAACCGGAUGCGGCCAAAGCAGCAGCACAGGUACAGAGUACUACUGAUGUCAAAGAGAGCAUUAAGGAUGAACCACCUACCACCUCUGGUCCCUCCAUCUCUGUUGAUUCCAGCAGCUCCACUGAAAAGACAUGUCCCCCCACUGCCACUGAAGACAACACACAGACACUAACAACAGAUCAAAUAAAAGUGAAGAAAUCACGGAAGAUGACAACAGAUAAAAUAAAAGUAAAGAAAUCUAAGGAAGCAAAGCAGUCUGACCCAAACAAAAAAGCCAAGAAACGCAAGAGUGAUCAUGUGGAUGGUGACGCUAAGAAUGUGAAGAAGAGAAAACGCAAAGAAAUUCCGUCAGCUUCUGAGGAGCCUGCCAAGUCAGAACCUGAAAUCCAACCACUCACUGAGGUCAAAGAGGACGCUGAGAGGAGUUCUGCAUGUGAACAGAGGAAGACUCAAGAGGAGGUGAAUUUGAAAAUUCCACUUGUCAAAACUUCAGUGAGCACGGUAGCCCUCUCCCUGUACAGCAAGAAGCCCUUCAUGCGUCCGCCACCGACGGCUUACCUCGACGAGAAGUUCACCACCAUGCCAAAACGGAGAAAGGAGAUGUUUUUCCAGCCGUCUCGGAUAAAUCCACCUCCUGAGAUAGCGACGCCGCAGCGGCAACGCUGUGCCACUUGUUUUGCCACUUUUACCAGUAACGAGGAUCUACAGAAACAUCUGCAGCUGCAGAAGUGCUCAAAACUCUUUGGGUUCGACUCUGAUGAUGAGGGCAACAGUUGAGCAGGUCUGCUUCACUCGGCUUGGAUUAUUUUGCAGUGGACCUGCACAAAAGCCCCUCAAUGCAUUGUACCUCAAAUUCCUCUUGAUUGCUUUCUUGAGAAUUGCUUAUUAUCAUGGGCAGGAUCGCAGCAGGAAGUUGACGACAAUAAUGGGUUCCCUGACUUUAGCUGCUGCAUGUGACUGUAAUGCUAGGCCGGGGAGCGGCCAGAACACGGUUUAAAAACAAAGACUACUGAACUGAUCCCCAGUCAGACUGUCGAGACGGACAGCGAGUACUGAAGUGCCUGCUCUGGAACUACCGUGCUGUUUCCAGCAGCUGCGACUGGUGUGGACAUUUAAGCGUCAUGGCUUAAAGUCUGGACUCUGGAAAGCUGUGAAGAAAAACAAAAACUUACAAUGAUGAUGGAAGGCUGCUCCUGCUGUCACUAGGAUACAUUCUUUUUCUCACCAGUAAGCCAUAAAUGACACAUUUGCUUUUUGCACUCACCAUAAAAUGUUUGUUUCUGCUUUGAUUCUUGAGCAGAUUUCACAAUGGAAGAAGCAUGAAAGUUUCAUGUUUUUAACUUGCUAUGGCUGUAAGUAGUAUUUUCUUUUCUUUUUUUUAUGUAUAAUUCCUGUUUGAAUAUACAUGGGAUUUCUCCUAUCAUUAAUGACCAGCAGGGGUCAGUGUGCACCAAUUCCAAGCUCCUCAUCACAUUGAGAAAGUUCCCUUUUACUAAACAAUGAGGAUGUUGCUCUGCUGCUUUCAUCGCUGUAUAGUCUCAACAAAUGCUUUGACUUCCAGUCACGUUCAUCAAGCCUCGUUUUCAUUUAGCAAUAACAGCUACAGACCAUUUAAUGAGCCAGUAUCCCACUCAAAUUCUCUCACUUCCCAUGUUCAUGUCUUUUAGUCGCCAUCUAAUGCUCCUGCUUCUGUGAUUAUGUUCUCACUUAAAUCUCAAUAUUUCUUUCUUUUUUUUUCUUUUUCUUUUUUUAAUCUUGAGUGAAUUAUCCAAGACCAUGGAAACAUUGUGAUUUCUCUUUUAAGGGUGAAUGUUUUCCUUCAGAGAGAGGAACAGGGAUGUGGAAGUCCAAACUACCACACUUUUAAGUGUUACUUGGAGCAGCAGCAGGUUAUAUUUAUUUGUUUUAUUUUCUAUCUUUUGUAAAU